AUGGCAACCUCUAGACUAUCCCAAUCCCCCUCCCUCCGCAUCGCCGCCAGCAUCACCGCCGCCAUCUUCGUCGGCUUCGGCGUCAACGCCAUCCUCCGCCCCGACCACGCCCUGACAUUCUUCGAGUUCGCACCGCCCGCCGCCCCCGCCGACAGAAAAGUGGUCGAUGGGCUCAUGGCCGUCUACGGCGCGCGGGAUAUCUUCAUGGGCCUGGCGAUGUAUUCCGCGCUGUGGUUUGGCACCACCAAGUCGCUUGGCUGGACGGUGCUUGGUGCGGGUGCGGUCGCGUUUGCGGACGGUGCGGUGUGUUGGAGCCAGGGGGGCGGGCAGUGGAAUCAUUGGGGGUACACGCCGCUUGUGAUGGCGAUUGGGAGCGUGUUGCUGGGUGUUUUGGACUGA